ACCCCUAACAGUGAGAAGGAGUUGGUGGGUUUGAGUUUGAAAGAAGGCAUUAGAAACAGAAGCAGAAGGAAAAGCAGAGGCAGAGCGCAGUAGGAAGAGGCAUGGCGGCGCCCGAAUCCCCUCUCUGUUACGUCGGUGUCGCCAGGCAAUCCGCUGCUUUUCGCCUCAUGAAACAAAUGGGUUGGGAAGAAGGAGAGGGUCUCGGAAAAGACAAACAGGGAAUCAAAGGACAUGUUCGAGUCCAAAACAAGCAAGACACUAUUGGUAUUGGCGUUGAGAAGCCUAAUAAUUGGGCGUUUGACACCACUCAAUUUGACAAUAUUCUCAAGAGAUUGAAAGUUCAAGCGCCACAAUCACAUGACACAGAAAUAGAGAAAAACGCAGCUAAGGUAGAAACCGAAGCUAGUGUUGCUGUCGAUAAUCAGGAUUCUGUCUCCAAAGCUACAAGACCACAAGGAAGAUACAAGAGAAGAGAGAGUGGGAAGCUUGUCUCUCAAUAUUCCUUGAAGGAUCUCGAAGGAAUUCUUGUUAAAAAGGGUGACAUAUCUGGAGGUAAUAGUAAUUCUGAUGGUGAACUUGACUUAUUAAAGACAUCUGAAAUUCAAACUUUUGAAGAUGAAGGAAGCACAUAUCCUGGUAUACCUCUGGACUGGUGGGGCUACAAGUAUGGUUUUGUAUCUGGUGGAUUUCUUGGAGCAGAAUCAAAGAAGAGAAAGUCCUUGAUGUCUGGAAGUGCCAAAAAUAUGGCAGAGAGAACUGCAUUUUUUGAAGAAGAUCAAGAAAACCUUUAUAAGCUAGUCCAAGAGAAAUCCACAACAGGAAAGCAAGGACUAGGCAUCAGGGACAGACCCAAGAAGGUAGCUGGGUGCUAUUUUCAGGGUAAAAAGACAUCCUUUGAUCAUAGUGAUGAUGAAGAUUCUGGUGACACAGAUUCCCUGGAAAAACGAACACAUGAUGAUUUAAUUAAAGUAGAAAAGAUUGUUGAAUGCAAAGUGAAGUUGAAAAAGUUGUGCAAACAGAUUUUAAAUCGGGUGCCUGGAGAAUCGUUGAAACUGAAACAACUUAAAGUUCUUAUUGAUGAACAUUCAUCUUCAAUUUUGUCUGGCUUUUCUUCAAAGAGAGAGGCUGUUGCUUAUUUGAAACAAAAACUGACAGGUAGUAGGAAGUUUUGUAUCGAAGGGAAAAGAGUGCGAUUGGCAUCUAAGAGAACCUGAAAUUUUGAUACCUCUUUUGCGGCCUUUUCUAAUUCAGUAUAUUUUCUCACAGCUGUGCGAAUAUGCAGAUUGCAGCAAGAGUUUUAGUUUAGGCAAAUUUUCAUUCGUUGGCUUCAUCAACGUAUGUUGUAGUAAUUAAAUAACAUUUUAUGAAAUUUAGAUUUAUUUUUUUUGGUUGUAAGUUAAAAUUCUGGUAAGUGCUUGUCCCCUGGAUUGGAUAUUAAAAUUAUCUGUGUACUCAUAUAGGAAUAAUGAAUGUCCAUGGAAAUGUCAACAUGGUUUCUUUACUUGAACACUUUAACAUUUCUCAUCUUAUUAAGAAUCUUGAUUGUCGAUCAGAAAAAAUAAAUAAAAAUGUUUUUCUUU